GCGGAGGACCAGGAAGUUCGCCGAGACGCGCCUGCUGCCGGCCGGCGGCGCCCGCACGAGUUCGCGGAGGCCGGGGAAGCUCGGGGGCGAGGGUGAGACCCGCGAGGUCCCCGCGCCAUGCGCCUGGGGGGCGUGCGCAGCUUCGCGCUGGAGCUGGCGCGGGGCCCGGGCGGCGCGUACCGCGGCGGGGAGCGGCUGAGCGGCCGGGUGCUGCUGGAGGCGGCGGCGCCGCUGCGGGUGCGAGCGCUCGAGGUGGCGGCGCGCGGCGGGGCGGCCACGCACUGGCUCGAGGGCCGGAGCGUGGGUGUCAACGCGGUCUCCUGCGACUUCGCGGCCGCCGAGACGUACCUGCGGCGGCGGCAGCUGCUGCUCAGAGGUUCGCCUCCGGGCGUGAUGCUGUUCGACAAGGUGAAGGCGUUUGUGGUGCAGCUGGACGGCGCGAGCGCGGGCACCGAGCCGGUGUUCAGCGGCGGCCAGUCCGUGGCCGGCCGGGUGCUGCUGGAGCUGGCGGGCCCGGCGCGCGUGGGCGCCCUGAAGCUGCGCGCGCGGGGCCGCGCCCACGUGCACUGGACCGAGUCGCGCAGCGCAGGCUCGAGCACCGCGUACACGCAGAGCUACAGCGAGCGCGUGGAGGUCUUGAGCCACCGUGCCACGCUACUCGCGCCAGACACUGGAGAGACCACGACGCUGCCUCCUGGGCGCCACGAGUUCCCAUUCAGCUUCCAGCUGCCCCCGACCCUGGUGACGUCGUUUGAGGGCAAACAUGGCAGUGUCCGGUACUGCAUUAAGGCCACCUUGCACCGGCCCUGGGUCCCUGCCCGCCGCGCCCGGAAGGUCUUUACUGUUAUCGAGCCUGUGGACAUCAACACGCCUGCCCUGCUGGCCCCUCAGGCAGGCGCUCGGGAGAAGGUGGCCCGAUCCUGGUACAGUAACCGCGGCCUCGUCUCCCUCUCGGCCAAGAUCGACAGAAAGGGCUACACCCCAGGCGAGGUGAUCCCCGUCUUCGCCGAGAUCGACAACGGCUCCACACGCGCGGUGCUGCCGCGGGCGGCCGUGGUGCAGACGCAGACGUUCAUGGCGCGCGGCGCCCGCAAGCAGAAACGCGCCGUGGUGGCCAGUUUCUCGGGCGAGCCCGUGGGCCCCGGGCGGCGGGCGCUGUGGCAGGGCCGGGCCUUGCGCAUCCCCCCGGUGGGGCCUUCCAUCCUGCACUGCCGCGUGCUGCACGUGGACUACAGCCUCAAGGUCUGCGUGGACAUCCCGGGCACGUCCAAGCUGCUCCUGGAGCUGCCGCUGGUCAUCGGCACCAUCCCCCUGCACCCCUUCGGCAGCCGCUCGUCCAGCGUGGGCAGCCACGCCAGCUUCCUGCUGGACUGGGGGCUGGGGGCCCUGCCCGAGCAGCCCGAGGCGCCCCCCGAGUACUCAGAGGUGGUGGCAGACGAGGUGGCCGCCGGGGGCCGGAGCCCUCUGCCCCUGCCGCAGGCCCCUGACGUGAGCCUGGAAGGCCCCUUCCUCGCCUAUGUCCGGGAGUUCCGAUACCGCCCGCCCCCGCUGUACUCCGAGGAGGACCCAAACCCACCACCCCGGGCCACGCGGCCGCGCUGCAUGACCUGCUGAGCAGCAAGUGGAUCCAUCAGGGAUGAGGCUGACACGUGCUUCUAGCCACCGUGGAUGUGGGAGUGGCUAGAAAAAGAGCAGACCGGCCUGACUGCAUUGAAGUUGGGGAAACCGAGUCUCAAAACCGGUCAGGGCUGUUCCAGCAUCACACCGGACAGAGGAAAAGCCAGUCUGGAAUGUGACUUAUCUGGACUGGUCCUUGUAAGGCAUCAAAUGCCCCAUGCAGGAUCUGAGCAAGAGACUGUUCCACCUGUUUCUACCAGUCUGUGAACAGGGCUGGGGUCCCCCAGGAGCCUCCAGUCUGGGAGAGAUACAGCCAACAUAAAUACUCUCAGUCUCAUUGGACCAGAGGAAGGUUCCCGGAGCUGGAAGAGUCCAAAGGCAUAGAAAAGGCUUACUGGAGGAACGGGCAUUUUAGCUGAGGCUUUGGUGUAUGAAUAAGAGCUCAGCAGGCAGGCAAGCAAAAGGGAGAAGAAGUUGGAGAAGGUCAGAGCUGAAUGAUGUUUGGAAGCUGGCCCCUUCAUUUUAGAGUUGGGGCUCGGCGGGCAAGUGCCUCAGUGGAGGCCAUACUGCAAGGUUCGACAGGCGGGAGGGCCCAGGAACGAGGCAUUCAGGGAAGCAGGUCAGUGGAACCAGGUGGGGCCUCUGGGCGGCAGCCUUUCAAAGCCAGAGAUUCCAGGCCCUGGCUGGGGCGGCCUGGGCCUCCGCCAAGUGCUCCAGGACCUGCAAGCCUCCUAGGUGUUGUCGUGGCCUGAAGACCCAGGUUCAGAGCAGGACAUGCACGACAGGGCUGUGUGACUUGCAAAAUGAAAAUGUGGGGCCCUUGUUCCAGGAUUGUUGAGAAUUUCUGGACAGUGACAGCAGAGCAUGAGACCAGGCCCUGCAGAGGGCAGCCUGCACAGCGGGGGACACAGCAGGGCCCUGCGCUGCCUGAGACCCAGCGUGUCCUGGAGGGACACAGUGGGGGGCAGCAGGACAAGCACCCAGGUGCGGAGUGUCCGCCUGGCCGGGGCCGGCCCUCCAGGACUCAGCGUUUGUGAAGAGCCUGAAAUCAGUGUCUUUGUACAGUUACUUUUUAAAAAUAAAGACGUGGCAGACAAGAAG